AGUUCUGCUGGCUGGCGGGCCCAGGAGAAAGCGAGGUGACGGAGAGGUUUUGAUAGGAGAUUUGCUUUCCUUCGGAUCACUUGUUCUAGUGCAGCCUGUUUCUGCGAUGGGUGGUGGUUGCAAUGCCAGUCCUGUCACAGAGGCCGAAAUUGGCCUAGACGCAGACGCUGAUAGCAAAUUAGUAAGAGCUGGCCGGCGUAACGGCUAGAAUCUCGUUCCAGGUUUGCUAGAUACGCCGUUAGGCGUGGAGAGUUCGGUAGGCCGGAUUGUGCGAGAGGCGUAAAUUCCGUUGUUGGUUUGGGUAAAGUAAAAAAAAUCAUCGUCGUUAUCUGAGACGAUGGACAGGACGAGAGAAGCAAGGAAAGGUGAUAAGGGUCCCGUGACUACUCCCACCCAGCGUCGGUCGCGGAGCUCCGUUGGGCCAAAAGAGACUCAAGAUGCCGGACAUUCCACACCUGACGGGCCUGGCCUCGAUAACCACGGCUCAAGAGGAGGAGGAAGCGCAAGAGGUGACACAAGUGCUGGUGUCGAAGGAUCCAGUCGAUACUCCGUCGACAUUGGCAGCGGGAAUAAUACAGGAGCUGGUUCUAACGCGUACCACGCCACGGGAUCUAAUAGCCGGAAGCGAGACAAGCCGAGGGUAGCCUCGGCGGGAUCUAACGGCUCGAAAACUAAGCGCAAGCGGAGUGCGUCCGAGGCUGUUUCCCCGUUCUCCCCGCAAGCGGACGAAGACGAGGAUGCCACUCCGCCACCAGGCGCUGGCGCGGGGGGAGGGGAGGGCGCGGGGCUUGGCGCGCACGGCGAUUCCCCGUCGCCCGGGGACGCGCGGGAGGGCUCCCCCGUAGGAUCCAGGCGUCCGCCGAAGUUCCGCCUUCCAGGGGCAAAGCUCGAGUCGAUGGAUGAGAACGGCCCGGUCACUCUCACAGCCGUGCCUCGUCGCACACGCACUGCCAAGGUGAAGCGGUCCUCCGAGCCCCAUCACUUGGACGUGACGCCUCGUUGGGAUGCUGCUUCUUCGCAUGAAGACGCCUCGCCUUCUCCUGGCGCGUGGGAGAGGGACAGAGAGAGGGAGAGGAAGGAGGAGCGGAAGGACGAGCGCGGGAGGGAGAGACGGGAGGAGAGGGAGCGUAGGCUGGAGGGAAAUGCGCUCUCACCACCUCCACCACCCAUGGCCUCUCGAUCCCCUCCAGUCUUCUCGUCAACUGCUGUUGCUGGUGCAAUGGGGGAGAGAAGGGCGGAGGGAGAGGAGAUGGGACGGGAAGAAAGGCAGGGGGGGAUUGACUGGGGAGGUAGGGACGAGGAAGGCGAAGAGGGGGAGGCAAGCGGCGAGAGGGAGCAUAAGGGGGAGGCUGCUACGGCUCUGGGCAAUCAGAGGAAGGCUGGAUUCGGGGAAGGUUCUCACUCUCGCAAGAGAAAAACUUCAGCUGCUGCUGCAGCAGCGAGUGCUGCCACUGGUUCUGGUGGAUCUGCUGCGGGGGGCUCCGCUGUAGCAGGAACGGCAGCGGUUGGUUGGCUGGAUUCAGCAAUGAGAGGCGCGGGUAUUGAAACCUGGCCGGGCGGGUUGAAUCUGGGGAGUGGGAGUGGAAACAGCUCGGAGCAGCAGGAGCGGCUUGAGGAAGGCAGAAAGAGGGUGAGUGAAGGAGACCAAGCGCUUGAGUUUGCGAAGGAGAGAAGGGAGGGGGGUCAGCCAGGGCACGAGGUAGCGGAAGCUGCGAGUGGGGGGCCGGCGGUUCCGAAGAGAGAGCUAAGGCAUCCUGUGGGGAAGAGAAGAGGAGCCAAGGAGGGGCGGGAUGGGAUGCCGAGGGUGGGCAGGGAGCAUAAGGAGCACAAGGAACAUAAGGAGCAUAAGGAGCAUAACCAGCGAGGGGAAAAGGAGGUGAGGGGGGAGAAGGAGGCGCAUGAGCCCCAGCUGCUGCACGUGCGGCAGCAUGAGACGGGCAAGAGGGGCAGCAGGCACAAGCACGACUCGCCAGCAAGCCAGGGUCGGGCUGCCGGGCCUGCAGCCGGGCCUGGUUUGGAACAGCUGGAGCUGCCGAGCCAGGGUUUUCCAUUCCAGGACCCAGGAAAGAGUAUGCUGCAGCCAGGGCCGAACCAGGCCGCAGGCACGGGGCUCAGAAUCCCCUCGUUCUCUUCCCCUUCUCUUCACCAACCGCCCCAGGGGCAGGGGCAGGCGCAGCAGCAGCAGCAGCAGCAGGCUGCGGAUCUCGCCUCAUCGCAUUUUAAGCACGGGCAUGGGCAUGGGCAUGGGCACGGGCAUGGGCACGGGAAUGUUGUGUCCGCCCCCCCUCAUACUAUGCCAGGCAUGCCUCCCCACUUGGCGACUCAGGGCGGCCAAACAGGGCGCGCUGGGGGGCACGGGGCGGCGAUAGCAGGUCAUGCUCUGGCAGCAGACCGUGCUGGGGACAACGAGGGAGGGAACCUUGGGGGGGAUCUGAGGCAAGGAGGGAGAUCUGCAGCGGCAGCGCAAGCGCGAGCCGAAGCCGCUGAUAUGAAGCACCGGCUGGGGGGGAUCCCGGAGGCAUCUCACAGCAGACCCUUCACUCUGCCGUUUCCUCCUCCUGCCGCUGCUCCUGCUGCUCCUGUUGCUGACGCUAGUGCGUCUGGUGCAGCAGAAAUGGGGUCUGGUUUUGCUAGUAGCAGCAGUCACGCAGCAGUAGAAACUGCGGGGCCUAACUUUCCAAGCACAGAUGCUGCUGCCCCUGCAGCAGCAGCAGAUGCGGCUGCUGGGGCCAUCACGGGUGCUGCUGGGGCGGGUGGCAUCACGGGUGGGGGUACCUCUGGUGGUGUGGGGCAUGCCAAAGCAGCGGCAGCAGCAGCAGCAGCCGCAGGAGCAACGCCCCCUUUGCCCGCUGCAGGCAGGGGGAAAGGUGCCCCAGGCACAGCAACUGCAGCAGCAGCAGCAGGAGCAGCAGCAGGGGCGGUUGGGCCUGGUGGGCGGCCUGCCGCGCCUACGUCAAUGUCAGCACAGGAGGCAGAGGUAGCAGAGGCGCUUUUUGACUUUGCCAACCUCCUCGCCUUCGCAUCCAACGAGCCUGAAGACGGAGGGACUGAUGGCGCUACUGCUGCUGAUGGCGCUGCUGCGGCUGCUGCUGCGGCUGCCAGUAAUGCUGCUGUUGCCAAUGGUGUGACUGUAGGGGAGGGUGCGGCUGCACAGCAAGCGGACGCCAGCUCCAGGCAGGCCAAGCACGGGCCUGCCUCCUCUGCUGCUCUCCGCGCGCCUGCUGCUGCCGCCCUGGCUGUUGCUGCUGGCCCCAUGCACCCCCCUUCCGCCCCUCCCUCCGCUGCUGGCGUAACAGGGGGGGUGGGUUGUGGUGGGGGUAUGGCGGGAGGGGCAGCAGGGGUAGCCAGUGGGGGCAUGGUGGGAGGAAUGCAGAAAUUGCCAGAGCUGGUGCCAGUUGGUCCAGGGCAGUUGAUGGGGCAGCCGCUGUUGCAGCACCCGCAGCAGCAGCUGCAACUGCAGCAGCAGCAGCAGCAGCAGCAGCAGCAGCAGCAGCAGCAACAGCAGCAACAGGAGCAGCAGUCACCAAAGCAGCAACAGCAGCAGCUGCCGCAGCAGCAUCUUGGGAUAAGCUUUCAACAUGUGCCUCUUGCUCAGCAGCAGCAGCAGCAACAGCAACAGCAACAGCCACGGCAGCACCAACAGCAGCAGCAACAGGCACCGCAGUUGCUGCAAGCACGGCCGCUUUUGCAGCAGCCAGGUCAGCAAAUGACAGGUCAGCACAUGGCAGGUCAACAGAUGGCAGGUCAGCAGGUGACAGGUCAGCAGAUGGCAGGUCAGCAGGUGACAGGUCAGCAGAUGACAGGUCAGGCAAUGAUAGGGCAGCAGAGUCUGCUGCACCUGCAGCAGAACAAGGGGCUGGACCAGCAGGGUCAAUACCAGCAGCAGCAGUCUUCACUGCAGCUGCACCUAAUGCCGCCACAGCAGGGGGGGGGGGCUAAGGGGUUGCCAUCCCCCAUGGGGCAAACACAACAGCAGCAGCAGUAUCAGCAACAACACUUGUUGCAGUUGCAGCAGCAGCAGCAACAGCAACAGCAACAGCCACAUCAACAGCAGCAGCAACAGCAGCAGCCACAUCAACAGCAACAGCAGCAGCAGCAGCAGCAACCGCAGCAGCAGAAGCCGCAACUGCAGCUUCAGUUGCAACUGCAGCCUACGGGGCAGCCGUCACCACAGCAGCAGCAGCAGCAGCAGCAGCAGCAAAUGCAACAAUGGCAGCAGCAGCAGCAGAUGCAGCAGCAGCAGCAGCAGCAGCAGCAGCAACAGCAGCAGAUGCAACAACAACAACAACAGCAGCAGCACAUGCAACAACAGAAUCAACAACAGCAGCUUCAGCAAUUGCAGCAGCAACCACAACGGCAGCAGCAGCAGCAACAACAGCAGCAGCAGCAACAGCAGCCACAACAGCAGCAGCAGCAGCAACAACAGCAGCAGCAGCCACAACAGCAGCAGCAGCAGCAGCAGCAGCAGGGUGCACCGAAGCAUCUUCGGCUUCAGCCACGCCCCCCUACAACUCUGGAGCAGCAGCAGCAGCAGCAGCAGCAGCAGCAGCAGCAGCAGUUUCUUCAGCACCAGCAGUUUCAACACCAGCCCCAACACCAUCCCCAGCAGCAGCAGCAGGCUGUUCAGCAUCAACAGCAUAUGGCGCAGCAGCAGCAGCAGCAGCAUAUGGCACAGCAGCAGCAGCAGCAGCAGCAGCAGCAACAACAGCAGCAGCAACAGCAGCAGCAACAGCAGCAACAGCAGCAACAGCAGCAACAGCAGCAGCUACAGCAGCAACAGCAGCAACAGCAGCACCAACAGCCACAGCCACAGCCACAGCAGCAGCAGCAGUCAUCCAUGCCUUAUCAUCAGCUUGGCCCGCAACGCACACAGGCACAGACACAGGCACACGCCCAGGGAGUGACGCAGGCCGCACAGCCCUUGCUCCACAUCGCAUCACCGCUGCCAUCUCCCGGCCCUGCUGCCCCUGCAGGUGCCCCCCCCCCCCUACGCCCGUCCCAUCCAAUCACCCCCUCAACUGGUUCUAGCGCAGGUGCUUCUGGGGUAGGUGGUUCUGGGGCAGGCACCACUGGUCUUCUCAGCAUCGCCCCUAGGGCGCUUGCUCCCAGGCCUGUUGCUCCUUCAGCAGGGGUUUCGAACCCCGGGGCGAUGGCAGGGGGAGUUGUGCAUCUCGCCAUGCCCUCUGCUGCCCCGGUUCUCCCCCCCCAAGCGGCUGGGCUUGGCUCCAUGGGGCAAGGCCGCAUGCUUCUCCCUAUCCCCCCCCAGAGCGCUGCUGCUUCUGGUGCUGCUGCAGGAGCGGGAGCGGGAGCGGGAGCAGGAGCAGGAGCAGGAGUAGGGGGAGGAGGGGGAGCAGGAGCAGGCGCAGGCGCAGGGGGGGUGGGGGUAGCGAGCACUGCUGCUGUUCCUGGUGCAGGCAAGGAUCAACGGCAAGCAGGCCGGCAGCUUACUCUAGAGAAUCUUCUUGGCGCUGCCAGCUCAGCUCGAGGUGGCGCGCACUCCGUCGCCACUCGCCCUGCCACGUCACCAGUGGCGCUCCUCCGAGCCACCGCCACGCCAGGUUCGGUCGCUAGCUCACCAGGUUUGGUGGCUGGAACGGCCGGUCCCAUGGCAACGAACCCUGGUUCGGCGCCGCCGAAUCUGUCGAGUGUGCUUGCUGCGGCUAGGGCGGCCUCUUCUGCUGCCCGUGUUGCUCCCUCUGCUCCUUCCGCCCCCCCUGCUCCUCCUGCUUCUGCUGCUGCCACUGCUUCUGGCAAUAUUGCGCCUGGGGGCUCUCUGGGGGUGGCAAGUCCCGGGCGUCCCCCCACAACAGCAGCAGCAGCAGGCCAAGCUUUCCACGGCUCACUCCCCUCGUAUGCUCUGCACGCUGGCGGAAGUCCAUCCCUCGGCCCAUCUGCCCAAGCCCUCACUGCUGCCCAUGCCACCUCCACUGGCCCCCCACGGCUCUUCUCCUCCCCCCUCACAGCCGUAGCACUGGCGCCAGGGGGGCAGGGGGCGGAGAAAGGGGGCCAGGGUGUGGGAGGGGAGGGAGGAGCGGAUCAGACGACAAGGCUUCGCAUGGGGCCACCUACAGCCACGCCCGCCAGUGCAGACGGCAAGGACCAGUGGCCGCCACAGUCUCUGCGCUCCAACAAGCUAGAAAUCGACCUCAUGUCCCUCCCUGGCAACGGCCUGUCUCUGCUGGUGCCCAGCUCAGAGCGGUUGGGAGCGGUGGACGAGGAGGAGACAGGCGAAGGAGAGUCCAAGGCCCAUGUGCAGCGUGGCAUGCCACCAGCAGCGGCAGGCGCGGGGCAUAAGUACUUAGCAGGAGGACUAGGGGGCUUAGUAGGAGCCAACGAGGGGGGGCAAGAGGGGCGAAGGCAGACGCUAAGGCUGGUUCUAGGGAGCGAACUGCUGGUUCUUCGCCUGUGAUCGGGCCUAUGUCACCAGGGGCUGUAGGG